AUUUAUCAGCUCAACUAUUUAUCAAGCAUAUAAAUUAUAACAAAUAUACAGAUUUUUAUUGGUAAAAUAAAUACAUUUUACAUGCCAUUCAAUUUUCAAAUAACAAAAUUCAAAUAAUAGAAACAGAUCGAUAUUGGUUAUAAUGUUGGCCAUUUGGGAAGUAUUUGCUGAACAAAAGUUGUAGCUCAAUUUUUUGUAUUUAUUUGCCAGCAAUUUUUUUUCCUGCUGACCAAAUGAUUUAAUGUCUAUGCUAUGCUAUUUUAUGCAGAUCAGUUUAAAAAAAGGCUGAUCAUUUAAUUACUUCCCUUUCUUUAAUUUAUAAUAGCAUCUAAACUAUUAUCUGACAAAGUAUCAACCGUUAACCGGGAGGCGGUGACCGCGGUCCAUAGGUAGUUUGAGUUCGAAUAAAUAUGAUUGAUUGAUAUCGACUUGAUUUGUGUUUCAUAUUCCCCCUCGUUGUUUACAAGCCUGCACUAACUACAAGUGUCUGUUUGGCCUAAUGGUUGACUGGUAGAGAUUCCCGUAAAGCAUUAAAUUGCCAUUUGUACAUAUUUAUAUCAUGCAAUAAAGUUUAAAUAAAUAAAUAAAUGAUAAAUAAGUACCUGACUUGUGACAUAACAUUUUCACAUCAGAUAUUUGGAAAAGGGCGAUUUUUGUUCCCUGCUGCGAGGGAUUUAAGUGGUACUUUUCUGUUGUAGGACAUUUUAUUGCCAUUAUGGUAUAGUAUUUUUCAUAUAGGUACAUGUUUUUUUAGCUUAAAUCAUAUUUUGAAACAUAAUAAUUUCGUUAAAGGUGAUACGAAAAGCAGUAGGUGUCAUGUGGUAUAUAAAUAGUACAAAUUAUUUUUCCUCAUCAGCUGGUAAAGGCUCUCUUGAUUGUUCAAUAACUGAUGAGAAAGGAAGUUACAUUUUAACCACAUGUGGGGCAAAGUAAUCAGAUGCAACAUUUGAGUUGUUUCUUUAUGUUGGCUGGUAGAACUGACUUUUAAAUGAUGAUGUUGAAUGGUAGGUCUUUAUUGACUUUCAUUUGGAUUUGAACUUGAUUGGUAUCUUACAGUUAAUAUCUUCUUCGAGUUGGUGUGGUGAAAAAUGUUGCGUUUUACAAGAGGGCAAAGUUGUUGUUUAAUCGCUCGUGCUAAUUCAAAACAAAAUUUGCCCCCGAGUUACUAUUUUCAUCUUGGACGCAACAUUUGAAUCCUAUCUAUACACUAUGCUCAAGAUUCAAUGUACGCCCAUGCCGUAAAUAUGUAAUUUUGCUCCCUUGUUACUCAAUCUACCAUAUAUUAUAAAUAAUGAAUUUAAUUUAAAACAAUUACAAUUAUUAUGAAUGCAAUUUAAAUUAUUUGUGAUGUUUUAAAAAAUAGAAAAUAGAGGAGAGGAAAAACAUAUAAACAUUUUUUAUGAAUACCGAACUAUUCGUUAAUUAUUUGGAUUAAAUAAUGUUUGACUUUUGUCACUUACAUUUUCGUUCCAUAUCAACCCUAGAGUAACCAACAGAACGAAUUCAUAUAAUUGCUCAUCAUCGGAUUGCAAUCAAAACCAUAUAAUUGAUUUCCAAAAAAUUAAACGGUAAUGGUAUAAACUUGAGCGCAACUCCUACGAGUCAUUAUUAAGUAUAAAUAUUCUCGCGCGUGCGAUUCGUUGCCGAAUCAAGGUAUUUAUCAUUGUAAUUUUUUCCUUUGUUUACUUAAUUUGAACUUACCGUUUUAGCAAAAGAAUCUUGCCGUGUAUGUGGAGCAAUCGGCCCCAGACGCCUAAUUGGUUGCCGUUUUGCCGAUUUAUUUGCCUAGAUGCAUUUUAAUGUGAAUCCUGGUAUGGGGGUGAUUUGUCGAUAAAAUUCAUCGUACUAUACGUGGUUAACGGCUCCACUAAUAUACGUGCACAAACAAACACAUUGUAUAUCCACGCCAUAAAUUAUUGCAGUUAGGGAAGAUACAUAUAUUAUUUCAAACGAUGGUGUCAGGAACGUUCAGCGUCUACAUGACAGCGGCGCUGUGGGCACAGCUGCCUCUUUCCUGUUUGGUACUAAAUAACCAAGGCAACGGGAACGAGACGCAGCCCGGAGCGGAAAACGUGGACCUAAUCCUAAAUAAUACGGACAACGGGAACGAGACGCAGCCCGGAGAGGAGAACGUGAUAACGCCCGAAAGUUUAAAGUUGAUUGAAGAAGAUUGCCGCAACAGCACAAACGAGACUUGUGCCAUGCAUUGUUACUACGAGACACUUGGAAUUAUAGAUGAGCACGGAUGGUACGUGGAGAGUAAAGGGAUAGAAUUUAUGAAUAUUGUUUUAAUGAAUUAUGGAAUCAUAAAUUAUCAAGAAACUCAAUUCUACCAAAUCGCUACAACAUGCAACCGUGUGAAUAAGAAUAUCACUCAGGGCUGCCAACGAGGCGAAGAAGUGGCAACGUGCUUAAAUGAAGAAAUGAAAAAAAUAACGCCCGAAAUAUUAAAGUUGAUUAAAGAAAAUUGCCGCAACAGCACAAACGAGACUUGUGCUAUGCAUUGUUACUAUGAGACAAUUGGAAUUAUAGAUGAGGACGGAUGGUAUGUGGAAAGUAAAGCAACUGAAUUAAUGACUUUUGAAAUCAUAAAAAACCAAGAAACUCAAUUCUACCAAAUGGCUAAAAACUGCAACAGUGUGAACAAGAAUAUCACUAAGGGCUGCCAACGAGGCGAAGAAGUGGCAAUGUGCUUGAAUAAAGAAAUGAAGAAGGCAAGCUAAGUUACAGUAGAACCCGCUUAACCCUUUGAGCUUAUCGUGCGGCGCGACAUUGUGAACCCUAUGGGAAUGUAGGAAGGUGGAUAUUGUGCUGUAGCUGUGCGCACGUCAGUCAUUGGGUUUAGAAGAUUCAAAGGACCACGUCAAAAACGCGUCUUAAGUGGAAAUACAUGUAUAAAAAAUAAGUUCCAGGCACUAAUGUAAAAUUAGGCGUUAAUUGUGUAAGAAAUCGUAUUAAAUGUGAUCGUAUUAAGCGGUUUCUACUGUAUAUUUUUGAUUAGUUAUUAUUUGAUCAGCCGUUUAUAAACUGAUCUGCAAAAAAAAUUACCGCAAAAGCACAGCCAGUUGAACUGUAAAAUUAUUGUUUGGUCGGGAAGAUUUAAAAAUUGGUAGGUAGAAAAAACAUGUCUCUCAGCAGUUAAAUUGAGACGUAUGUGUAUGGAAUAGUAAUCUGAUAUAAUAAGGCGGCUAACGAUUGAUUUGAAAAAUCGACAGUUGCAGGCGGAGCGAAAUAAUUCCACGUCACACGAUACCACGCCACCACCAGCACAAUUUUCUGUUCGUUUAUAUAUUAAUUUGUGUAUGAUAAUUAAUGUUCUUUUUAUGCUAAUAAAUUCUCCUUAUCUUA